GGUCAAUUCGUAGAAAUAUCAGCGGAGCAAACAGUGCUGCAAUUAUCCCCUGAAGAGGACGGAACAGAUAUGGAGCCAUAUACACAUGAAAAGGAAAAAAAAUACUCUUCGAGUUCAUUUCAUCAAUCGUUUCAUCAUUACUCUGAGGCAGAAGUAAUUUAGAUUAAAAUGUCGUUCGUGUCAGAUAUUUAAGCACAGAAUGUCGGAAUCCGCGGAAGUUGGUUGUCUCUCGGCUGUAGAGUUUCUUCGUCGCGUCUUGCUCGAGUCUUCUAAUUUAACAAGACAUAAAAAAUGAUUGCAAUGACCAAUCCCAUUCUUGCCAUUGUAAUCAUAGCCUUAAUCAAUAUUACUGCUUCGGCAAUAAUAAACUUUGAUUCCAAUGCAAAGUCAUUGGACAUAGAUGUAAUUCUAAAAAGACCAAGGCUCAUUUGUGAGGACAAUGAAGAAAGUUUAAAUCUAUCAGACAAUAAAUUAACGAAAAUAGAAACAGGAUUUAUUAAAAGUUCGACAAUACGAUCGAUUUCAUUAAACAAUAAUGAAAUUCAGGAAAUACCUAAUGGAGUGUUCGACCAUGUUCCAAAUUUGGAAUGCUUGGAUCUAAGGAAUAAUCAAAUACCAACAUCACAACUCUUGAAUUUGAAACAUAAUGGUUUAAAAACUCUCAUAUUUGAUGACCAAAAACCCGCGAAAUCGGAUAUUUCGACGAACGAUGUACCAUUUAAUACGUCAGAGGUGGGUUUGCCAAAUGUGGAAACAUUAUCUUUGAAAGGGAUUUAUUACGAUCACUUUGAGCUCCAUUCGAAUUUAUUUCCAUCGCUGUCUACAAUUUUCUUCAUUAAUAAUUAUCUGCAGUACAUAAAUCCGAAUUUGGUAGAAUAUUUCAACCAUCAUUUGAGAAGUAUUCAUUUCGAACAAAACGAUUUAAGAACUGUAACUUUAAAUGAUUUGAAAAACGUGGAAGAGCUGUACUUCGACAAUAAUCCAAUAGAGUAUCUCGAGAUUAAAACUCACCCAAAUUUGAAAAUUCUUUCUUUGGCGAAUUGUGAUCUGGGAGGAGAGUGGUAUCUAUCAUUAUUCAAUAUAGACACAUUAGAUUUAUCAGGAAAUCGAAUGAGUGAAUCUAUCAUCAGUGAAAAGUUUUCCGAGGUUUCAAAUUUAGAAAAUUUGUCCUUAAGUCGUAACAAAUUUACGACUAUUCCACAUUUGGACAACUUGCCUCGACUGAAAAAAUUAUCGCUGAGUUACAAUAUGAUCGAAUCGAUCAGUGACGUGAUACAUGCAGGCUCUUUAAAAACGUUAGACCUGCAAGGGAAUCGUAUAAACGAUAUCCAUCCGGGUGCUUUCUGGGAUGUUCCGAUGCUAGAAAAAUUAGAUUUAUCGCACAAUCAAUUGUAUGUUUUGGAUUAUCGUUGGGGUGAAAAUCUGAGUAUGCUUCGUUCUUUAAAUUUAAAAUCAAACAGGUUCGCGACUAUAUCCCAUAUGAACAUUCGCUCGUUGAGCAAUAUUAAGGAUGUAUAUGUAGGAAACAAUUAUUUUCAUACAAUACACAGUACUGACAUUCUAUAUUUACCCAAUAAUUAUACCAUAUAUGUAUGUUAACUAAAAAAAAUGUAUUAUGUAUGUAACGCAAAGGAAUAAAGGUUGGAGAAGAAAAAUA